AUGGAGGAUCAAAUUCCGACGAGUUUCACGUUUGAGAUAGAUAACUUCUCCGAGAAGGAAGCUACGAUAUCAUCACCAAAAUUCUUAAGCGGCGGCUGUGAAUGGUUCAUCCCAAAGGAGAUGAUGUUGAUGAUCACUUGGCUCUGUACCUACGCGUUGCGAACCCUGAAUCAUUGCGACUUGGAUGGAAAAGACGAGCUAGUUAUUCCUUGCUAUGAUGAUGAUGAUGAUGAUGAUGAUGAUGAUGGUGAGUUUAGAAUUCUGACAUUAGGAACUGGAGAAGUGAGUUGGAGGAAGGUACAUUGUCCAUUAACCUAUUUUACUAAUUGUUCGUCGGGGAUAUGCAUCAAUGGGGUUAUGUAUUGCUUAGCUACAAAAGUUGAUAAAACGUUCAAGAUAUUUUGCUUUGAUGUUAGGUCUGAGAAAUUCAAGUUUAUCGACAUGGAAACCUUUAAUGCUUGGCCUGGAAGGUUGGUAAACUAUAAGGGUAAACUAGGUGUGAUUCAUUGGAACCGUGCAAAGCGUACCUUGGAGUUGCUUAUGUGUGUUGUAGAUGAUGUCGAGAAACAUGAAUGGUCGAAACAUGUCUACCCUUUGCCACAUAAUUGUGAACUCGUUAAGCACAGCGAUUUUUCCGUCCUUGGAGUGACUGCUAAGGGCGAAAUUGUUUUGUUGCCACUGUAUACUUGUUAUAAAGAUUCACCUCUGUCUUAUGUUCUCUACUUCAAUCCCGAAAGCAAGAGCCUCCAACAAGUUCAUCAAAAACUAGGUUUUGAUGGAUAUUAUGGUAGAGCAUUUCAAUUCUUUGUAGACCAUGUAGAGGAUCUUAAUAUUAACGAUGCAAAGCUACUUAAGUCAAGCAUGUAUGUUCCAUUUGUGAAGAAGAGGGGCGACGACAUGAGGUAUGAUGAAGGUGUGAGUAGGGAGAAGAAACACAGAGAGAGCAAUGAAGGAGACAGUCGGGAAGAUGAAGACAUAAGAAGAAGAAGAAGAAGAAGAAGAAAACAAUGA